CGUGAGGUCAUUGAGUGAAUGUCUUCUCGUGUGUGUGGAGUAAAUGCGAGUGCGAGUGGUUGUUUGUGUGCGUGAAUGUUUAUGUUUUGUGAGUGUGAGUGAAUGAAUUAGAUAAUUUGUAAAAAUCUACACCGUGAUCUUAUUUGAUCUGGUCCGAGUUGUUGCCCUGCUCGGAUACAGAGAUGAUAAUAACCGACUCGUGAGCUUAUGUAGCGAUGAUCGUGAGGCUUUUCACUAAACUCGGGGCACCCACAGUUGAAACUGUGGUAAGAAAUGAUGAAUCGAUCAGAUAUACUAGAACAGACAGUGUACUGGAUCUCGGUCCAGUGAUGCCUGCUUGUUCACUGAGUAUAACGGCGAUCCUGAUCUAACCAUAACUUCUAACAUCUGAUUACCAUUUUGAGUACACAGACUGUGAUGUUUUGGGCUCUCGAUGGAGAGUGGCGAUACCCAACAAGCCUGAGACCUGCACUGGUUUACCUGAUCCAGUCAAAGGCACCCAUUGCACGUUUAGCUGUAAUGAUGGCGAAUUUCUGGACAUGAGGACUCAAGAGUGUCAGAAGUGCGUCGCAGGGACCUAUUCUCUUGGGACGGGUGUUGCUUUUGAUGAGUGGGACACUUUGCCCACUGACUUUAUAAGCCAUGGCAUUAGUAUUAACUUUGGAUACACUCACACAAAUUGCUCCAACUCAACAUGGAUCCCAAAAGGUGAUUAUAUUGCCUCUAACACAGAUGAGUGCACUUCAACUCUUUCCUAUGCUGUGAGUCUAAAGAAGCCUGGAUCUGUGUCCUUCCAGUACUUCUAUCCUGACAAUCGCAUGUUUUUUGAGUUUUAUGUUCAGAAUGACCAGUGUCAGUCUACAGAAUCUCAACGUCGUUGGAUGAAGAUAUCGGAAAGUGACUGGGAUUAUCAUUAUGUACAGCUGAAUAGUGGUAACAAUGUCUUGUACUGGAGAACAACAGGUUUCUCUAUGGCUUCAAACACUGCCAAACCAGUUCUACUGAAGAACAUUGCCAUCUCAGGUGUCUCGUAUACAUCUGAAUGCUUUCACUGUAAGCCUGGUACCUAUAGUGAUAAACCAGGGGCUGCCCGCUGUAUCCCAUGCUCUGCUAAUUCUUACUCUAAUAAGGGAGCCACUGCGUGCCAACCCUGUGAAGCAGACAAAUAUUCAGGAAUUGGAUCUGGAAGCUGUCUACAGCGACUGCCCUGCACAACAACUGAUUACUUCUAUACUCACACACCAUGUGACUCCAGUGGUCAGACGCAACUGAUGUAUAAGUGGAUCGAGCCAAAAAUCUGCAGUGAGACUGUGGAGGGGGCAGUGCAGCUUCCGGUCUCAGGGGAGAUGAUGGCCUGCCCUCCAUGCAAUCCAGGAUUCUUCUCCAGCAACACCUGUGAACCCUGCCCACAUGGCUUCUAUUCCAAUGGGACAGAAUGUUCAGAGUGUCCUGCUGGAACAGAACCAGACGUGGGUUUUGAAUAUAAAUGGUGGAACAAAAUGCCCAGCAAUAUGAGGAGUUCAGUCUUCAGCUCAGAAUACAGCAGCACUGAGAGGAUGACAGGCUGGGAGGUUGCGGGUGAGUACAUCUACACCACACCAAGCAAUCAGGACUCUGACUACAUGAUGCUGACGCUCACAGUACCUGGAUACAGCCUGCCUCAUUCCCUGAGUGAAGACAAUGAGAGAGUUCAGCUUUCCAGAAUAACAUUUGUGUUUGAAACAAAGUGUACAGCCGAUUGUAAACUGUAUUUCCUGGCAGGGAAAAAUGAAUGGAGUAAUAUUGUGGAGAGUUGGCCUGGCACUAUGGGGAAGCAAUCCUACUCUUAUCUUAUUAAAAGCAACAACACUGUUAGUUUCACCUGGGCUUUUCAGCGCACUGGGAUCUUCAGUAUGAAAAAUGAAUACAGCUCUGACUAUGCUAAGAUCUACUCUGUUCACCUCACUAAUGUGAUUGGGGGUGUGGCUUCAGAGUGUCGUCAGUGUGCUCUGGCUGCCGUUGACUCUGACUCAGGCUGCGUGCCCUGCCCUCAAGGGCACUACAUGCUGAAUGGCACUGGAGUGUGUGAAAGCUGUCCCUCAAAUACCAUCAUCAGGCCCGAGCAGCCAAUCGGAAAGCAAGCCUGUAUACCUUGCGGACCCAAUACCUACAGUAAUAAAGGCCGUUCUGCAUGCAUGAGUGACUGUACAUUAGCACUGCAUCAUAAAGGAGAAAUGCUGAAUUAUGAUUUCUCUCCGCUGGCAAAUGUCACAGGCUUCCAGGGCAUCCCACGCUUCACCAGUAAAGGGCUGCAGUAUUUCCACCAUUUCAGUGUGGCGCUGUGUGGGACAGAAAACAGGGCUCUUGCAUCCUGUUUGGAAAAUGUGACUGAAAGCAAGAGGGAUGUAAAAGGCUACAUCUGUCAGUCUACUGUAGUGCCUUCUGAGGUCAGGGGUCAGACUGUUGUGUCCUCCCAGCCCUUCAGUAUUGGAGAUAGUUUAAUCGGAGUGACUACUGACUUUAAAUUUGAUGACAUCUCAUCAUUGGAUGGCAACUUUCCUGUUGAAUCAGAGUUGCCUGAUGUCAUAUUCUACUACAGAUCUAGAGAAACUACACAAGCAUGUAAAAAUGGAAGAUCUACCUCCAUUAGGCUCCGAUGUGAUCCCACUGUAACACUGAAGAACCAUGUUUCGCUUCCAAGUAACUGCUCCGAGGGCACCUGUGAUGGCUGCUCCUUCCAUUUCCUGUGGCGCUCCGAGUAUGCCUGUCCUCUCUGCUCUGAGAGGAACAUUAAGGAGAUAGUGAGCGCUUGUAUCCAAGGAAUUCAGAGGACUACUUAUGUGUGGCAGCAACCUCUGGGGUGUACAGGUGGGGUGUCACUGCCUCCUCAAAAGAUCAGUGCCUGUGUGACACUAGACUUCUGGCUGAAGUUUGGUGUCUCAAUCGGAACUGUUGCCGCAAUAUUGCUCAUUACCAUCAGCUGCUACUUCUGGAAAAGGACACGCAAGCUGCAGUAUAAGUACUCAAAGCUAAUGAUGACUGCAGGAGAUAAGGAGUGUGAACUUCCAGCUGCAGAUAGCUGUGCCAUCAUGGAAGGAGAAGAUGCAGAGGAUGACCUCAUCUACCUCUCCAAGAAGUCUUUCUUCACUAAGAUCAAGUCCUUUUCCAGGGAGAGAACGUCAGAUGGCUUUGAUUCUGUUCCUCUAAAAUCAUCAGCUGCACUAGAGAUGGAGAUGAACUAGAUCUUCUCAGAGAUGGGGAGAGCCAUCGAGAAAUGUUUGGCCUGUCAGAAGACAUCCUCAGCACUAUAUUUGACAAUAUAACAUCGAUACUUUUAUUCCCAAAGAGAAAAAUUAUUGAAAAAUAAGUCUGCCUUUUUCAAGUCUCCUCAUAAACCUCUGAUUGUUUCAAUUGCAUCUCCUCUGUAUUCAGCAGACCGGAGGCAAGAGUGGCAUA